AUGAAACCGUAUCACCAUGCAAAAAGCCGCCCAAUAGGCAGCUACCUGUAUUUUGGGGUGUUUACCGUAGCAUUGACAUUUCUGACGUGGCUUAAAUAUGACGCAGAGCUGUUUGCUCAGCAGGUUCACUCGAAAGACAUUUAUGACCCACAGUUCAACAUUACGUUGCCAAUUGAUGGCCCAACAUUUACCCCAUCAAAGAACUAUUCAAUUAGUGUUCAAAAUGCAGCAGUGGCGUCCGAUAUAGAACAAUGUUCAAAAUUAGGUGUAUCUAUUCUGCAGCAAGGUGGCAAUGCGGCCGAUUCAGCAGUCACCGUGGCCCUGUGUAUCGGAACAAUCAAUUCGUAUUCGUCCGGUAUAGGGGGAGGAGGAUUCAUUGUCUCUAAGUUAAUUGAUAAUCCUACCGCUCUGAGUUUUGAUUGUCGAGAAAUGGCUCCUUCUAAAAGUUUCAAAGAAAUGUUCAACUAUCAUGAGGAGAAGGCCAGAGUAGGUGGUUUGGCUGUCGCCAUUCCAGGAGAGUUAAAGGGACUCUAUGAACUGUUUCAGCACCAUGGUUCUGGUAAUGUUGAGUGGAAAGAUUUGAUUUUGCCCGUUGCUGAGUUGGCUGAGGUGGGAUGGACUGUCGAUCCGCUGUUUUCUAGUGCAUUGAAAUCUAUUGAGCACCAUAUUUACGAGCAUUCAUAUGAUUGGGCCUUUGCAUUGAAUGAAGACGGAAAAAUUAAAAAAAGAGGUGACUGGAUUAAUCGUCCCAUGUUGGCUACUACGUUGAGGAGAAUAGCUGAAAGUGGCAACGUUGAUCUAUUCUAUGACCCAGAGAGCGAUAUAGUACAAAGCAUGGUGAAUGCUACUAGAAAGUAUGGAGGAAUCCUUGAAGCCUCAGACUUUGCAAAAUAUAGAGUUCGAAUUGAAGAAUCGUUGACAUUGCAUAACUUUACAUCUGACGGCCUUACGGUUUAUACGUCCAAUGGGGCAUCCUCAGGGUUGGUGCUCCUUGCUGGGUUGAAGCUCAUGGACUUAUUCGAAGAUUUCAAGGAAUUUCAUAAUGAUUUCGGGGCUGUUGAGUCUCAAAGGCUUGUUGAAACGAUGAAGUGGAUGGCUUCAGUAAGAAGCAACCUUGGAGAUUUGAACAUUUACUCCACCAACGAAACUGAAAUUGACGAUCAUAGGAAGAGGUACGACAGAUACAAAUCAGAUGAGUGGGCAAUAGAAACUCAUGCCAAAAUUAAUGAUUCCCACACACUUCCUUCUUGGAAAGAUUAUGCUCCAGCCUUUCUACCUAAUGAUCCUCAUGGUACAUCUCAUUUCAGUAUCGUUGACCAAUACGGUAAUGCGGUGGCUAUGACAACCACUGUUAACCUUGGAUUUGGAUCUAAAAUACACGAUCCUAUAUCAGGGAUUAUUCUAAAUGAUGAAAUGGACGAUUUUUCAGUUCCAACAUCAUCUAAUGCAUUUGGUUUGCAUCCAUCAAUCUAUAAUUGGGUAGAGCCUUACAAAAGACCUCUCUCUUCAUGUGCUCCUACCGUAAUUGUUGAUUCUCUGGGAGUACCUCAUUUUGUCAUCGGGGCAGCAGGAGGGUCCAAGAUCACUACCACAGUUUUACAAGCAAUUAUAAGAGUUUACCAUUAUCACCUGGAUCUUUUAGACGUCAUUGCAUAUCCACGCUUUCAUCAUCAACUACUUCCGGAAGAAGUUCUUCUGGAGUUUCCACGAGAUAAUAAACUAAUACGCCAUCUAAAAGAAAGAGGGCAUGAUGUUAGAGUCCAAGCACCAAUAUCCACCAUGAAUGGUAUCCUACGAAAAAGAGGUGGAAGCCUGAUAGCAGUUAGUGAUCACUGGAGAAAGCUUGGUCGACCUUGGGGCUUUUGA